CUAAGAAAUAUUAAAAACAAAAUCCUCAUACAUAAAACGCCAACUUUAGCAAAACGUCAUAAACUUGAUUAAUGGAAAAUGCUACGCACUCUCAUUCCUCCAUGCCUCUCGUUUCAAGAUUGGAUCAUUUGGAUUUCAUUCUGAAUUAUUUGGAAGGCAGACAAAGUUUACCAAAAUGUUCAAUUAGAGGUACUGAGAGGCAAUCUGUGCCGUUGGAUUUGGCUGUUAGAGAGGCUUACUUCAAAGGAUCACUUGUGGAACGUGUGGCGUUUCUUGAACGUAGGCUUUUUCAGCUAUGCUUGGAGGUGGAAUCAAGCAGCACAUCCCAAACAUCUUCAAGCCAAGGAUCCAAAAGUGAACCAUCUUUCUCAUUACCAAUUUCCAGCAACCCAAAUCAAGGCAACAAAGAAGAAUCUCUACUCCAUGCUAAUUAUAGGCCCCACGUAAAAGAGACAUCUGCCAACGAAGAACAACGGAGCAAGAUUCCGAAACCUACGAAGCAAAAGAUUGGAGAGGGAAAGACAUGCAAAAGAGGAAAGAAAGAAGCACCUCCUAAAUGGCCCCGCUUCAAAAUGUUAGGGUGUUAG